AUGGAUAUUCACAGGUGCCGCUUUGUGCAGUAUCCUCCACAGCCGAUCAACGCUGUCGCAUUUUCUCACUCCUCCAAUCCAAAGAAAAAAGCGCCUUCGGACCUGCGCCUGGCCCUUGGUCGUAACAAUGGCGACAUUGAAAUAUGGAAUCCCGAAAAUGGGCUUUGGGUGCAAGAAAACAUUCUAAAGGGUAGCAGAAAUACAACAAUCGAACAGCUCGCCUGGACCCAGGAUUUGGUAUGGGAAGAGUCGCACAACACCAUUACGCCGAAGGCUUCAAGAGGUCCUUUGCGGCUGUUUAGCACCGGCGGAUCAACCUCGGUGACGGAGUGGGAUCUCACUACAGGUACUCCCAGAAGCAGAGCCGAAGGAAAUUUCGGGGAUAUCUGGUGCUUUGCGGCACAACCUCAGCUUGAAGAUGCCAAAAGUCAAGAAGCCCUUCAGGGUGGCGCAGGGUCACAGUUACUGGCAGCUGGAUGCUCUGACGGUACCAUUAUCCUCUUCUCUACCGAAGACGACGACCUACGCUACCUCCGGCCCCUGGCACAGCCUCCGGUCAAGAAACCCAAGGUCCUUAGCCUUGUGUGGCGCGACCGCAACACUGUGGUGGCAGGAUAUGAAGACAGCAUGAUCCGGGUCAUCGACGUUUCGAGCAGAAGAAUCUUACGGAAUAUGAGCCUGGGAAAGCCUAUAGAAGGCAACAAUUCCGUGGUAUGGACUGUCAAAUGCCUCCCUGACGGGACGAUUGUCUCCGGCGACUCGUCCGGUGAACUGAAGAUAUGGGAUUCAAAGAACUACUCCUUGGUCCAACGACUAAAGAGUCACAAAGCCGAUAUACUAGACAUUGCCAUGAACACUUCUGGGGACAUGAUAUUUUCAGUUGGUGUUGACCGGAGGACCGUGACCCACAAGAUGGUCCCCCUUCAUUCUGGAACCCAGAAAAUGAGGUGGGCUGAGGUGUCCCACAAACGGAUUCAUCAGCACGACGUCAAAUGCGCAGCCAGCUUUGAGAGUAUAGAGCUGAGCGUCCUAGUGUCAGGAGGCAUGGAUGCUCGGCCUGUCGUCGUCCCAAUACGCCGCUCACAGACUGAGUAUCAUCGUGCUCUGUCCCACCUCCCUCAACGGUCACACAUUUCGAGUUCCAAAGCUUCGAGGGUGUUCAUUUCCUGGUGGGAUCACGAGAUUGUGGUUUAUCAUGUGCGCAAAUUCUCGCCUCUUUCACCGGCUGAUGGAAGCCUCGAAGGAACAGCAGAAUCGUACUAUGACACUCUCACAAAGCUUGUCAUACAGGACGACGAGAGUAUUCAAGAUGCACAUAUCUCGCCAGAUGGACGACUGAUCACUGCGGCCACAAGCAACGGCGUCAAGAUGUUUCAAUUACGAAACACUCACGUCUCGGGCAAACCAUGUCUGCGGACACGACAGAUUGAACUUCCCCCGUCCAUAGCCCGCUUAGGUGCACGGAGAAUAGGCUUCUCCCCUGAUGGCAAGUGGCUAUAUUGUGUUCGAAAGGAUAACGCUGUGGUCAUGAUGAAGCUUUCUUCCUCGGACGACUCGAAAGACCGUCCGGCAAUUCACGAGAAAAUCGUCAAGCUUUAUCGGCAACCUCGAAAAACAGCACAGUCUGCAUUGGGCAGUUAUCUUCAAACUAUCAAACAAGUCGCGUUCUCGACUGACAGUCGGGUUCUUGGUGUGGGAGAUAUAUCGGGCGCCAUCGAUGUCUGGGUACUUGAAGGCCAUGAAGACGUCAACUUCAUCGACGACGCGGGAUCAGAAUCCUCUAACGACUCGUCUGGAUCCUCUACCUCCUCUACUACAUCGGACGAUGAAGAUGACGACUCAUCCUCGCCUAUAAUCCACGGCCAAAAGUGGAUUCGUAACCCUUCUGGUUCCAGCCUGCCACAAUUGGACUCCUCCAUCCUUGUCCUGACAUUCCGACCUCCACCUGACAGUCCUAAGUCGUCUUCGGCGGGAGCACACGACAAUCGUGGUCUGCACGCGACACGCCACAAUCCCCACCCUGUCAGCCAUGAACUCCCUGACGAAGCAAAUACAAAACUCAUUGCGGUCACAGCCAAACAUCAACUCGUGGAAUUUGACAUUCUCACUGCCAAGCUAAGCGAGUGGUCUCGACGGAAUCCUUCAAAGUUUCUUCCACAUGAUUUUACAAAAAUCAAAGAUCGGGUAGUGGGGUGCUUCUGGGAUUGUCAUGACAGAACGAGGAACGGGGAAAGAUUGUGGUUAUAUGGGCCAAGCUGGAUAUUUAUGUUUGAUGUUUCUCGAGAUUUAUUGAAAGACCAUCCUAACGGAGUAACCAGUGGCUCUAGGGAAGGGGAAGUCGAUAAAAUUGGACGACUGGGAAGAUAUGAAGUGGUCGAACCUCUCAUAAAGGGAGGCCACGCAAAUCGCAAACGACAGAAGCUUCUCGAACCCGCCGCUCACGAACAAGGAGAGCGCGAUAGAAGCAGUAAGAAGCGCAAACGUAAUACCGGGGCCGGAGACCAAAUGCGUCUCGAAGAUCGUGAGGGCGGGCUUGGAAGUGAGUUGCGCCGGUUCAAGAAUGCCUCGGGGGAUGAUGCGGAGGUGAUUGAUCUUGACAUCGAAAACGCCGGCAAUGAGAUGGAUCUGGAUGAUGAUCUGGGAGAGGAUGAACGGCAAGACGAUGCCCUGGCCCUAAUGAGACGAGGCGAAAGUGGAUCAAGUGCGACGGAGAAAGUGACUCCAAAUGGGCAGGACACAGCGCCGUUAUCCUCUCAAAGGACGCCCAGGAUGUACUGGUCCACGUUCGACUACCAAUCGAUCCUGGGGAUAGAAGUUAUCGGAACUCCAGAACCCUCUCCGCCAGCCAGCAACGGCUUCACCACUGAAGUGGCCACGACCGAAAGAAACAACAUUGAAGAGGGCUCCAGCGGAAAUAUCGAGGUCAUCAUCGUUGAGCGGCCUAUGCAUGACGUUGGGCAGGAACCUCGUUUCGAUGGCGGGCAGGAGUGGGAUGUUUGA